ACAUAGGAAGCUGCUUUAGACCUAGUCUGCCCAUUGGUCCCUUUAGCUCAGUACUGUCUACCGGCAGCAGCUUUCCAGGGUGCCAGACAGGGAACAUUCCCAGCCCUACCUGGAGAUGCUUGGGUUUGAACCUGCGACCUUCUGCAUGCAAAGCAGAUGCUCUGCCGCUCAGCUACGGCCCCUCCCUUCUCGUGGCUGCUGGAAAACCAUCUACCUGUUGAAUUUCUGCCUGUUCCCAGGCGAAAAAUACAGGGUGCGGGAAGGAAAAAAGGGGGACUUUACUUCUCCCCCAAAGCUAAGCGCAGGGUCCGUCUGCUUUGAAGGUACAUCUCCCACCAGGCAGGCCUCUCCUUGUUUUGUGGGGUGGCGGCGUUUUGUUUCAAAUUUGAGGGCGAGGAGAAGCCAAGCAGCCAGGCGGGCCCCCGCCUCUCCACUGCUGGCGCGGCGGAGCUGCUGGCGCGCCUCCCAUUUGCGCGCCCCCGCGGAGCUCGCUUCUGGCUGGCGGGCGGCCAAAGGCAGCUUGCUUGGGUUGCAUCAGACUAGACGCUGCUGCCGCUGCUUGCUGGGUACCAAAAGCUGGACAAGCGAUCUCCUAGAAUUUCAUUUCUCUCUCUCCGCUGGCCAAGAAAUGGUUCGCUCUUGAGGCUGUUUCCAUUAUAAUUAUUCUGGACCGGCUCUCUCAGGCGCAGCGAUGCUCUCCAAAACCAACCACUUGCUCAGGAAAUUUUCCUCCACCGCCACGGUGAGUAUAGAUAAACUGAACUGCAGGAGCUAGAUGGGAAGGAUGCUGUCGUCGCUGCCUUCUUCCACCCCCCGGGAAGGGAAAGAGGCUUUUUGCCAAGAGGUGUCCCUUGUGCUUUGAUGGUUCUUGCAAGGAUUUGGGUGCCUUUUGGUUCCCAAGGCAGCAAAUUAGAUGGGAAAGGGUUGGAGUGGAGGAGAAGGGAGGCCAGUGGGCCUUUCAUAAUGUGAACGGACAAUUUGAAAACACACACCAAAAAAACCCACAAACUUGUCAAAGGGAUUUGGGCACUGGUGAUAGUAGUGAAAAGUGACUUCUUGUGUGGGAUGCUCUUAAAGGUAAGGUUUUUAUUCCCUAAAAAAAUAUAUCAGCACCAUGGAUGGUAAAGAUCUUCACCUGUGUGUGGGGGGGGGGACCUCUCCCCCACAAUGGGAUGGUCAGUACAAGUUUGGUGUUGUGUUAGCCUGCUUGUGGAAAGGUUGUGCUUUGAGUCGUGUGUGUGUGCGCGCACGCGCACUUGCUCCCUUCCCUUUCUGAUGGGCCCGUCUUCAUUCCCAAAAUUGCAUUUGACUGCAGUUGUUGCAUCUUAUGCCCCCAAACCCCAGGGAAAGACAACGUUCUCACUCAAGGGUGGCACGUUUAUGUCAUCAAAGACUAUAAUUGUGUCACGCCUGCUGUCUUCUUCCAAAAAAACCCCUAAAGGCAGCUUUCACAGAGCUAUAACAGGAUAAUUUUUAAAACAACCCUGCAUAGUAAACUGGACUGAGCGAAAGAUCAAGGUCACCCACCAGGCUUCACAGCCAAGCAGGGAUUGGAACCCAAGUCUUCCAGCAACCAGGUCUCCAACAUUAUACCAGAAUUGUAGAUAAGCUCCUCCAAGUUGCCAGCCUAUAACUAGAGACACAAGAAGCUGCCUUAUACCAGUUCAGAUUGUUGGUCCAUCUAGCUACACUGACUGGCAGGCGCUCUCUGGGAUUCCAGACAGAGGACAUUCCUAGCCUUACCUGGAAAUGUUGGGGAUUGAACCUGAGACCUUAUGCAUGCAAAGCAGCUGAGCUAUGGCCCUUCCCUAAUAGUGAAUUAGAUUCUUGGGGGCUGGCAGAAGAGCUGCAGUUCUUCUGGGCAUGGAUGAGGGGAUUUCCCUCCUUUAGCAAUCUGCAUGGUUUCUAGGCACUCCAUCCCUCCUAUGCUUGCUCACCUGCAUGGAACCCCAGGCACUCCAGGCAUGCGUUUCUUAGCCACGUAUGCUAUUUCUGCAAACCUAGAGACAAGGCGGCUGCUUUGGUGAUUUCUGGGUUUGAAAGUGAUUACAAGAGUGCCAUGGAUAUUUGUGGACUAUUGCAAUAUUCUCUGGCGGAUUGAGUGGACAAGACCAAUAGUAGGUCCAACGGUCAAGUAGGCGGUUUCUGCACGUGCUGGAAUUGGGGGGCAGAUGGAGCACCCCAAAUUAUACCUGCACCUGCACCAUUAUAGCAACAUUUGUUUUCUGGAGGCAGGAGAUCUGCUGUUGUCACUGAAAGGUCCAUUUUAGAAGUAUGGUUGAAAGGCACUUGUGGUUGGAUUUCAGGUAGUGGGGGCAAAGUGGCCCUUUAAAGGUAAAGGGACCCCUGACCAUUAGGUCCAGUCAUGUCUGACUCUGGGGUUGUGGUGCUCAUCUUGCUUUAUUGGCCGAGGGAGCCGGCGUACAGCUUCCGGGUCAUGUGGCCAGCAUGACUAAGCCGCUUCUGGCGAACCAGAGCAGCGCACGGAAACGCCGUUUACCUUCCCGCCGGAGUGGUACCUAUUUAUCUGCUUGCAAUUUUAAGUGCUUUGGAACUGCUAGGUGGGCAGGAGCUGGGACCGGGUAACGGGAGCUCACGCCGUUGUGUGGAUUCGAACCGCUGACCUUCUGAUUGGCAAGUCCUAGGCUCUGUGGUUUAACCCACAGUGCCACCCGCGUCCCUCAAAGGGGCCCUUUAGUUCCUCAUUAAAAAUGUGUGUGCAAGUAAGGGAGGCAUUCCAGUUUCGACAGUGAAAUUCGCAGGCUCUGCCAGCUAACUGCUGCUUUUCAGAAACCUGGAUGGUACACUGUGUUUGACAACACUGUCUGGUGCAGCGUCAGCAGUAGUUUGAAUGGAGAGGGGGAACUGUGUCAAGGGAUUGCUAUAGGAAGAAGGCUUAAGCCGAGCAGCUUGGAUUGCAUCAGCAAUGCUAAAUAUGAGAACGAAUGGCUGAUGACAGCACAUUGCAUAUGGAUGGGGAGGGGCUUUGCUUUAGGUUGCCACAAGAAGUUUCUUUGCUGGAAAAGGAGCCCACCAUAGAAACAGAAAGGAAUCCUGUUGCUUUUUUUAUAUGACGAAUUAGCUACAGAGAUAUCUCCUGGAGCAGCUAUUUUAGUGCCCAGCUAUGCAUUGCUAGGAACUGAAAAUCAUCCAAGGAAAAUGCCAUAGCUCAGAGGUAGAGCAUCUGCUUUCCCAGGGCCCCUGCUUCCAUCCCUACCAGGAGGUAUGAGAGAGACUCCUGCCUGAAACCUGGAGAGCCGAGGCCACUCACUUUCGAUAAUACUGAGCUUGGUGAAUGCCGUGGUCUGCAGAGGUGGGCUUCGGUCUUCCAAAUUUCAGCAGCACCCUGUGCAAGGUCAGAAAUCACCCCCACUGCCACCUCUCACCUUCCGUUCUGCUCAAUUCACUACGUCAGAGUUGCAGUGCGCCCGCCCGCUUGGUGCCCAGGGCAGCAGCACCGGUCGUGGUGCCCUAAAUCUGCCUCUAUGGUCUGACUCUGUAGAAGGCAGCUUCCUAUGUUCCUAUGUUCCCCCAAAGAGCUGCUAGAUAGGAUGUGGGACAGUCAUGUGCAAACAUCCAUCAAGUUCAGAGGGUUAAAAUUAUACAAAAAGAAUUCUGUGAGCUGAUGGCCUACCGCUGCACGAGGUGACCAAGCACACUUGAUGUGCACAUUUCCUCUUAUGAUGAAUUGCUUUCCUUGUCUGCCGGACAACUUAACUGAGUAAGAAGCAAUACAAGAUUUACAGAAGAACAAGCUAACUCUUCAGGUCUUUUGUUGACAGGCUUAUUACCAAAAUAAACUAAAGCUAGCUUUGAUAGGCCAGAGCCUUUUUGGGCAAGAGGUCUACAAGCACUUGCAAAAGGAAGGCCACAAAGUUGUGGGAGUGUUCACAGUCCCAGACAAAAAUGGAAAGGCUGACCCUUUGGGUAAGUACCGUACUCCACCUUUUUUUGUGUGACUAUCAUUUUUUAUAACAGGAACAAUGCAGUGACCCAUGCUCAUUUUGCUUUCUGUGUGCUGAGAUGUGUUGCUGUUGGGUUUGUUGUGAAGCAGCCAUCCAAUUUCUUCACCAAACGCACAGCUGUUUUGCCCUGUGCUGAGCUGAACAAAUUCAAUCCCAGGCUUCAUCUUUAGACGCCAAAUUAUAGCACUAAUCAAGCCCUUCCUGCACCACUCCAGUAUUAUCAUAAGAUCUGAAGAAUCCGUAGGAAGACAUAAUUAUAUAUAUAUAUAUAUAUAUAUAUAUAUAUAUAUAUAUAUACUCUGCCCAUCUGGUUCGGUUUUCCCAGCCACUCUGAGCGGCUCCCAACAGAAUAUUAAAAGCACAAUAAAACAUCAAACAUUAAAAACUUCCACAAAUUCCUUAAAGCCCUGCCAGCCCCUGACAGGUUGCAUGUUCAGGCUAUUCCAAGCAGAACCACAAGUUGUGUGGGAACUUCAAUAACUACAGAGGGGUGGCCAUGAGGAUGCAUAUCAUUCAUUCAUCAAAUGUAUAUCGUAGGGCAGCUGUCAACAUGAGAUCCAAUGAAACUAUAUGCAAUAGCCAAUAAUAAUAAGUGGGUAAUAAUAAUAAUAAUUUCUUACUUAUACCCUGCCCAUCUGGCCGGGUCUCCCCAACCGCUCUGAGCGGCUCCCAACAGAAUAUUAAAAGCACAAUAAAACAUCAAACAUUAAAAACUUCCCUUAACAGGGCUGCCUUCAAAGGUCUUCUAAAAGUCAGAUAGUUGUUUAUUUCCUUGACAUCUGAUUGAUUGGAGGGCAUUCCACAGUGUAGGUGCCACUACCAAGAAGGCCCUCUCAGGGGCAGAGGAAGAGGGGGUGCAGUGGGGCGGGCCGACCCAGGUGUCACCACUGAGGGGGGUGACAAAAUGCCGGGCGGCACUCACCACGGGGCCUGCAGCGUGACCGAGCCACGCAUGUCUCCUGGGAGAGACGUGGUGGCUUUGGUACACGCAGGCUCCGCGCUGCCCAAACAGUCCGCCCACUGCAUCCCCCCAGCUGUAGGGCGGCUGAGUAGGAGGCAGACUACUCAGAGGCUUUGCCGCUGGGCCCUCUGCCUGGUUCCCUGUAACCUCACUUCUGUCAGGGAGGGAACCACUAGAAGGCCCUCAGAGCUCGACCUCAGUGUCCGGACUGAACAAUGGGGGUGGAGAUGCUCCUUCAGGUAUACUGGGCCUAGGCCAUUUAGGGCUUUAAAGCUCAGCACCAACACUUUGAAUUGUGCUCAGAAGUGUACUGGGAGCCAAUAUAGGUCUUUCAUGACCGGUGUUAUAUGGUCUCGGCGGCCACUCCCAGUCACCAGUCUAACUGCCGCAUUCUGGAUUAGUUGCAGUUUCCGGGUUAACUUCAAAGAUAGCCCCAUGUAGAGCGCAUUGCAGUAUCCCAAGCAGGAGAUAACUAGAGCAUGUGCCACAUCCACAGGCAGGUAGGGUCUCAGCCUGCGUACCAGAUGGAGCUGGUAGACGGCUGCUCUGGACACAGAAUUGACCUGUGCCUCCAUGGACAGCUGUGAGUCCAAAAUGACUCCCAGGCUGCGCACCUGCUCCUUCAGGGACACAGUUGCCCUAUUCAGGACCAGGGAGUCCUCCACACCUGGCCGCCUCCUGUCCCCCAAAACAGUACUUCUGUCUUGUCAGGAUUCAACCUCAAUCUGCUAGCCACCAUCCAUCCACCAACAGCCCACAAUGUGCUGUCUUCUCUCACAAGGAUUGCUCAAGUAAAGAGAAAACACAUCACUGAAAGUGGAUGUAAAUUUGCACAAUAUGUACACCUGCUAAUUUAUACUUAUAGAUGCACAUUUAGAAAUAAUUCCUAUGAUUAAAUAAAAAAUACAGUCCAUCUCACCAUCUUGAGAUGGUGCCUACCCAGCUUGCUGUCCAAGUGCUAACUCUGGAUAGGCAACUUCAAGAAAGUCAGUUAAACAGAGAACUGUUGUCCAUAAAAUAGGACACACAGGCACCCUAUACAUGGUCUAGAUCAGGAGUGAGGAACCUUUUCAGCCCAGUGGCCUGGAUCCUUAAUUUUCCCCACUUUGAUAAGUGGGUGGGGCUUCCCACUUAUUGAGCACCUGGCCGCACCAUGAUGUCAGGUAACCCAUUUUUCUUUUCCAUCAUGCCUUGACUUCAAGCUACGCUGCAAAGAAAGUUCCUAGCCCAUCCCUGUGGGGCUGAAGUCACUGGUAGUCAGUGGAUAAAAUUCCCAAUUGGAAACUUUAGGGUGUAGCCAAUCCCAGCAGGACUUGAAUUCACUGCUGGUCAGGGAUGGGUCAGGUGGCUUGGGGGAAACUGCUUUGUGGGCCAAAUUAGAAGCCCUUCCAGGAGGUUCUCCAUACCUGGUCUACACCUGGCUGGCUGCAACUGCUAAAGCAGGGUGAGAAGGGGGCUUGCUUUGUCCUUACAUAUUUUACCUAUCUAUGUCAGUUUUUCAGUCACCAAGAAUAUUUGCAAGUGGUCUUCCCCCCUUAUUUGCCAGCAUCAGCUGCAGAAAAGGAUGGAACCCCUGUGUUUAAGUUCCCAAGGUGGAGAGUUAAGGGCAAGCCAAUCGAGGAAGUUAUCGAAGCCUACAAAUCAGUUGGAGCAGAGCUGAACGUCCUUCCGUACUGCACUCAGUUCAUUCCCAUGGACGUUAUUGACAGUCCGAAGCAUGGUUCCAUUAUUUACCAUCCAUCGAUCCUUCCCCGUCAUAGAGGUGCUUCUGCAAUCAACUGGUGAGUAGGCUUGAUAAAAGCCUAGCUGAGCAUCCAUUUGCAUGGGAGGUGGCAAGGGUGGGAGGCUGAAGGAUGAAGAGGGAGCAGGCAAGGAGUGGCCAUCUACCCACUAUAGAACAGGGAAGGGCAACUGGUGGCCUUCCAGAUGUACUUAGACUCCAAUGUCCAUUAGUUUCAGCCAGACUGGCUUACGGUCAGGUAAGAUGGCAGGGUUUUUUUAAAGACUCUUCCAAAGUUUGCAAGGCAAUCUGUGCACCUGUCUCAUAGCUGCAAAUAAUGAAAUGAUAUUGCUUUAUCAAGACAUUUUGAUCUCAUUCAUACCUGACUUUUUGCUUACAUUCAGGACUUUAAUCCAAGGGGAUAAGAAGGCUGGCUUCACCAUUUUCUGGGCUGAUGAUGGUCUGGACACAGGGCCAAUUCUCCUACAAAGGGAAUGUGAUGUUGCCCCAAAUGAUACUGUUGAUGACCUGUACAAUCGGUUUCUUUUCCCAGAAGGAAUAAAAGCUAUGGUAAGACAAUCUGAGCUAAAAAGGCAUGUCGUUGGGCACUUCAAAAAUCAGAGUUUUGAUCUGGAGAAGAAUAUGGCACAAACUGUCAGACAGAUAUUUGGUAAUAAUACUACUUGCUGUUUAGUUAGCAGUUUUCUAACAACUCAAAAAUCUUCACAUAUAUUAUUAUUUGUUGCAUUUAUAUCCCACCUUUUUCUCCACGGAGCUCAAGGUGGUGUACAUGGUUCUUCCCCUCCUCAUUCAAUCCCCAUAACAACCCUGUGAGGUAGAUUAGGCUGAGAGGCAGUGACUGGCCUGAGGUCACCCGGUAAGUGUCAAUGUCAAUGUUUAUUAUUACGGCAAACAGCCAGCAUACUAAAACCAGAAUUUCUGCAUGAUUCUUUACAUAAACAAUAAAAACAAUCAGUGUGGGAAUUUGAACCUUCAUCUCGCAGGUCCUUUUCUGACACUCUAACCACUACACAUUACCUCAAUAAUCUAGCGAAGUAGGCCAAUAUUAUUGUAUUUCUGUUAUGGUCAUGGGGCUGAGGCCUAUCCAGGAAGUUACUGUUGGGAUACUGCCAGGGAGACAAAGUCCAUCAUGGCCCCCAAGCCGGCUGCUGGACGAUCCAUCGAUCUCCCGUAGUCACACAGUAUCAGCAAUUAGCGACAUGAGCUCCAGAAAAUAGCCUGCCACAUUCUAGAGCCGAUGCACACUCUGUUAGCAGAUAAUGCACAGCAGAAGUCGCACUCAGGAGAGCAUUAUUUACAAGUUUUAUUCAGCGUUGAUCAGAACAAAGAAAAACAUGAUUGCCUGCUUUAGUAUCUACGACACAGAGAGAAAACGAAAGCAACAGAAAACAUAAACAUCCUGUGAACAGGAAAUGCGCAGACUCUGUGACUCACAAAGCCUGCUCCCUUUUAAGGUGGAACGGAAAUAUCCUAACAGUUACUAAAUAUUUAACUGAAUAUAAUCCAGGAAGUUACUGAAUAUUUAACUGAAUAUAAUAAAAUGAAGGUUAAUUUAGGGUUGAAUUUAGAACUUCAUAGGGCACUUCCAGACCUAUUUACUGGGAAUUCAUCCUGGUUUGGUUUGGUUUUUGCAUGGAAAUUAGGCAGUGUUGGCUGUUUAAUGAGCUUUCAUUCCAAUUUAUUUGUGCGGACGUUAGAUGCUGUGUCAAAGAAAGUGCUAUCGCACACUUUCCAUUCACUUUCUUUAUCACAAAAAAAAAAUAAUCCUCCGGAAGCAGGUUUUUGUGGAAGACUUCCUAAUCAACUAUAACUACACAAUCUGAAUUUGCUGGUAUGUAAUUAAAUCCUGUCUGAGAACAGUGUGGAAGUGCCUAUAGUUCAGAUGUACUGAGGCAAUACAUGGCAACAAAUACUACCAAUAAAAUGCUACUGAUAUGCUGAUCCCGCGAUAGGAUUUUCAAGCAGCUAUCACACAUGCUUGAAUUGGUCCUUUAAAUAGCUGUAAAAAUGAUUAAACAACAUUUUGAUUCCUAGAGCAAUCAAAAUUGUGUUGUUUUUUGUUUAGGUAGAAGCUGUACAGUUAAUUGCUGAUGGUAAAGCUCCUCAUAUAACUCAGCCUGAAGAAGGGGCAACUUAUGAAGGCAUUCAGAAGAAAGAAAAUGCAGAGGUAUUGUUGGCAACAGUGUGCUGUGGCCCAAGGUGUGGCUGUGGUUUCUGAUAUAAUGGCUGUAUUUGGCCAUGAUGCUGAACCAUGGUUUAGCUUUGCAUAACAUGAAUGGGAUUCUGCCAUUUCCCUCUCCUCUUAAAGCAAGCGGUUGGGAGCUUUUGCUUUAGUUUGUCAGCUUUGUCCAAACUGGGAAUCAUUAACCAUGAUUAGUUUCAAAACAAUAUAACUUGAAUCUGCGGUUUGUAAAGCUGGUUCAUUUAAACUGAGCAUAGUUAGUGUAAAAUAAAGUUCCCCAUUCAGACAAAAUGACAGACUGUGAUUAACUAAAAGCAAAAGGUAAAGCUUCCAAACUCCUCUUCCUCAGACACGCAGGAGAAGGGGAUAGCAGGGAUUGCACAAGCCCUGGUGGAGCUCAGGCCUAUUCACUUCACACUAAACCGUGGUUUGGCAUUAUAUUAAAUGCAGCCAAUGACAAAAGACAAAAGUGUCAGUUGUAAGUUUGCCACUAAUGUUCAUCCCUGUAGAAUGUAUUUAUUUACUGAAUGUAUUAAUUUACGAAAUGAAUUGGAACACCUCACGUACUGGUGAGCGCAAAUCAAUGUGCAAUUUAAACUAAAACACCAUGUUAUGUAAGAAAUUUAUAAGGUAUUACUUGAAAAACUAGAAGAAUUUUCUGGAUCUUCCUCUGUGCUGGUAUCCUCCAACAAGAGCCAAAUUUGACAUUUUCUACAUACAUUUCAUAAACACUCAGAAUGUUCCUCUUUCCAUAACUAAUUUAUUCAUUGAAAGAACUAUUAAAUGGUAGUAACCAACAUCUGCAGGUAGACUACAACUCCCAUCAUCCCUGACCAUUGGCCAUGCAGGCUAGGGCUGAUGGGUGUUGGAGUCCAACAACAUUAUAACUAGACUAUAACUUUAUUCUACCCACACAUUUAUUGCUGUGCUGACUGUGACUUCAUCCCAAAUCCCCCAGAUUAAUGUCAACAAGGAACUUUACUGCUGUUCGAAUUCAGUCCCAAUUGCUUUUAACAGGAAAUGUCCAUUAAUCCAUGAUUUAUCUUUUUCGAUCCAGAUUUGAUUUUUAAUUGUAGUAGGCCUAUGUUAUGACUGUCAUAAGACAGCUAACCUCCUCACCCUCUUUCGUGAAUGAAUUCCAAGAAAGUGCAACAUGCCUCCACAGAAGCCAUUUAUAAUUAGAAACAUCCUGACCUGCCCGGCAUCUCCAGUGAGAGAUCAAUUUAUAUGGAACAGCUGUUCUUCCCUUUAACUCAGCCUAUUAAAAAAAUAAAAAUAAAUCACCAGUUUUACUUUUCUAUGGAAUAUCUAUCCUGGGAAAAAAGGUUUCUGUGUCAUUAUUAAUGCAAGGAUCAUAACACACUGCUUGCAAGAAUAUAAGCGGUUACAGAUGAACUAUUAAAGACCACCACACACAAAAAACUAAAUUCAUGUCAGUUCCUUAGAACAGGUUAACAUGUGGCUCUCCAGAUGUUGUUGAGCUACAACUUGUAUCAGGCCCAGGAACCAUGACCAGCCGUCAAGGAUGGCAGAAGUUAUAGUUCAGCAACAGCUGGAGUGCCACAGAUCAGCCACCUCUGGUUUCCUUUACUUAUUUAUACCAAGUAAGCCUUUUUUUUGGAUGGACUAGGUAACAGAAGAAAAAGACAAGCAAAUCUUAACUUGUACAGAAGUAGACCUCUUGACUAACAGUGCAGUCCUACAGGAUUUUAGGCUAAGGUUCGUUCCUUACCAUAUUGCAAUGCUAUCUACAUAAGGACAUUGCCAGUACAUUGAGACAGAAGAUUCUCUCUUUACCUGUUUUUUACAACUGUUGCAAUCUAUCUCACAAAAUAGCACUCUUAGUAACAUCUGAAAAGUAUUUUGCCUCAUUGCACGAGGAUUAAAUGAAUAUUCUGCUGCAUUCACUUUCUCUGCAUCAUAUUAUGUUGCUUGUUAUUAUUGCCAGCUCUGUAGCCAUUGUCACAAUCAGAUGUCAUGAUCAAACAUGGUUUAGCAUGAGGGGAAAGAGCCUAGAUGAACCUUGAGCUCAUUUGCUUCCCUUUUCUCUUUCUUCCUGCAGUGCAACCGCAAGGAAUAAAUCAGAAGCUCUUCGGUUCUAUUUUUUUUUAUUAACUGGCAGCUUCUCAUAUGGUCCAAACCCAAUAAACUGUGGUUAGCCUUAACUAUGAUUUGUUUGACACAAGUCAACUUAAAACCAGGAGCUAUGAAGUUGAUGUGUUUCAACAGAUGUUCCUCAUUCUAAGCAGAAGACUGAACUGUAGUCAAUCAAAAACAGAAGUGAAAAGCUCUCACACAAGUGGCAUUUAACGCCUUUGAGGUGUAGUCAUAUUAACAAAGCUAUCUCUCCUCUUUGCUGGAGAGGGUGUAAAGAGGUUAGAAUCACUAUACAUAUGUGGUGGGCAUUACAAAUUACAACCAUUUUGGAAGAAUGCUGUUGAGGAAAUAAGUUUCAUCCCCAAACAAAGUGUUACUUGUACCCCAACUUUAGUAUUGUUAGCAAUAUUUAAAAAUGAAAAUGUCAGUCUGAGAUACAAAGAAUUGAUUCCUCUUCUGUUAGUAGCAGCUCAACAACUUGUUGCCCCAAACUGGAAAUCCUUUGAACAUUUGGCAAAUGUCACAAUGGAAACAAAAAGUUUGGACCAUAGCACUUUCAGGGGGGAAAACAACUGACCAAGGAAGUUAAAGCCUUAGCUGGAAAAGGAGAGGAGGACAAUUUUAUAGAAACGUCGUAUCCUUUCAUCACAUACGGUACUCAACAGAACAUCACAAGACUCACAUUUGAAACUUUGGAAAAACAUUUCCCCAUAGGGUUCUGUGAUCAGGGGAUGGGGGUGCGUGGGGAGAGAAAAUGUUUGAUAAAGGGUGUUUUGUUCUUAUGUUCUUUUUGAAAAACAAAAACAAAAAACACUUUUAUAUAUGAAAAAAAAUAGAAGUGAAAGCUUUCGAUCUGCUUGUGGACAUACUGGAGGAAGAGAGGUAGGGACUCCUGUCACAGUAAGCCAUAGUUUAUCAUGAAGUCCAAACACAGCCCUUGACCAAUUAACCAAUAUUGGGAAUGGCUUAGAUAUAGGUAGGUAGCUGUGUUGGUCUGCAGUAGUCGAAACAAAAUAAAAAAUUCCUUCCAGUAGCCCCUUAGAGACCAACUAAGUUUGCUAUUGGUAUGAGCUUUCGUGUGUAUCUGAAGAUACAUUUUGUGUGUAUCUGAAGAAGUGUGCAUGCACACGAAAGCUCAUACCAAUAACAAACUUAGCUGGUCACUAAGGUGCUACUGGAAGGAAUUUUUUUAUUUGGAAUGGCUUAACAGUAUGAUAUGGUAUGUAAGUAGGAACAAGUAACUUGCGCAUUUUGGUUUCCUAGAUUUCUUGGGAUCAAUCAGCUGCAGCUUUGCACAACUGGAUCCGAGGGCAUGAUAAAGUACCUGGAGCUUGGGCAAUGAUUGAUGACAAGGUAAACAAUGUACAUUACAACAAGCAUAUUCUGUUGCCUUUUGAUAACCAAAUGAGUAUAGAUCAAGGUCUUAUCAAGAAUGAGGAUCGGUACAUGACUGCUGAAAGAAUAAUGAUUUAGGACUCAGCUAGACUGGUAUAUAAAAGCGAUUUAUAUGCGUUGUAUGUUCAACAGAACAUUGUGGCAAUGUGGAGUCCUGUUUUCUGUUUUCCUUGUUUAAAUUUACAAUGCUUUCAACUGAAACACUUCUUUGAUGUGUCUAUAUCCAGCCUUGGUAACAUAGCCAGUAGGUGCUUCUAAUGUAAAAUAUAUUAAUGACAAAGAAAUGAUACUCUUUUGCUUUUAUCUCUUGAAUCAUACUUUUGCCAAGGACUUUCAUUUAGAUCAGGGAGGGGAACCUGUGGCCCUCCAGAUGUUGUUGGAACACACCUCUCAACACUGAGGGCCAUUGUCCAUUAUUGCUGAAGCUGCUGGAGUUGCAAUCCAACAACAUCUGGAGGACCACAAGUUCCUCAUCCAUGAUUUAGAUGCACUUAUAAUUGGCGCCCAAAUAUUCCUCUUGCACAAUAUAGUUUACAACAGGAAUUUCCCCAUAAACUACCACUGAAAGACAAGACCAAAUAGAUUGGUUCUAUCCAACUUGGCCAGUUGUGUAAAAUCCAAGCAUUGCUGCCACUGUUUGCUGAUUUUUUUCCUUUUUGUAAAAAAUAAUAAUAUUUUUUUAUAUAUUAAAAAACAGAUGGUUACUUUCUAUGGGUCAUCAUUACUUCAUGGUUCACCACCUCUGGGUGAAGAACUGGCAAUAAAAGGUGCUGCAAAACCUGGUCUUGUAACGGAGAAUGGGCUGGUUCUGUUUGGCAAUGAUGGAAAGAUGGUAAGCAUUUCAGAAGCAGUCUUGGGGUUUGGACAUAAGAAUGAACUGCAGUUCUAAGUGAUCAUAGAAUCAUAGAGUUUGGACCAGAAUAAGAUAACAUCACAUGAUUCCAGUGUGAAUAUUAUGCCAUUCAAAACAAGGACUGACUUUGUGAUGGCACUGUGAUUCUAGGAUUCUGAAGAUUCACAUCUUUACCCUGCCCUGUGACACCUGAGAUAUGUGUCUCCCAAUUUCUGUGGAUUUGAUUUGUUUUAACUAUUCUUAGUAUUGGAUUUUUAAAUGGAACCUGCUGGUUGAGGGUGGGUUAAAAAAAAUGGUAUUGCUGUUGUUAAUAAUUAUAAAAGCUUAGAAUGGGGGCUUUGUUUAUUACAGUUUUUUGGGGUUUUUUACACCGCUAGCUUCUUUUUGUAUUUGUUUCUUUUUCUUUAGUUGCUGGUAAGAAAUCUACAGUUUGAAGAUGGAAGAAUGAUACCAGCAUCUAAAUACUUCUCCGCUGAUAAGCUGUCUGCCAUAGAACUUACUGAAGAAGAGAAACAGAUGGCAGAAAAUAUCAAGGUAAACAAUUUCUGUGUUUUGAGAAAGAAAAUCGAUGAACGUGUGCAGUGGGCUUAUAAACCUGGAGGCACACACUGUGUUUUUUAGCCUUUCUACAAAGCAUAGAACAUUUUAGUGUGCUAUAAGUAAUAAAUAAGGUUCCACACACUUACCUGGGAGUAAGUCUAUUUGAACUCAGUGAACAAUAAUCAUAGAAUCACAGAAUUGUAGAGUCGGAGGUGGCACAGAACUCCAUAAAUAACUGGCUCCUUCCUCUGGAUCAGCCUUGAGGGGGGGGGCCCUGCCUCUGCCACAAAUUCCUUAAAGCCCUGCCAGCCCCUGACAGGUUCCAUGUUCAGGCUAUUCCAAGCAGAACCACAAGUGGUGUGGGAACGUCAAAAACUAGAGAGGGGUGGCCAUGAGGAUGCAUUUCAUUCAUUCAUCAAAUGUAUAUCUAGGCCUUCCUCUCGGAAGGAUCGUAGGGCAGCUGACAACAUGAGAUCCAAUGAAACUAUAUGCAAUAGCCAAUAAUAAUAAGCGGGUAAUAAUAAUAAUAAUUUCUUUCUUAUACCCUGCCCAUCUGGUCGGUCCUUCCCAGCCACUCUGGACGGCUUCCAACAGAAUAUUAAAAGCAUGAUAAAACAUCAAACAUUAAAAACUUCCCUAAACAGAGCUGCCCAGAUGUUUUCCAAAAGUAAGAUAGUUGUUUAUUUCCUCGACAUCUGAUGGGAAGGCAUUCCACAGGGCGGGCACCACUAACGAGAAGGCCCUCUGACUGGUUCCCUGUAACCUCACAGGGAGGGAACCGCCAGAAGGUCCUCAGAGCUGGACCUCAGGGCUUUGGCUUAACAUUGCAGGCUAGUUGGGAAGUCCAUAGUGGGGACCAGUUCAAAGAUGUUAGUUUCUACAAUGCAUGAUAUGUAAACCAACUUGCUUCAUUGGUAGAUGGAUUUGUUUGUAUCGUUGUGUCACACAUUUUCCAUAUCUUGCAGUCCAUUUGGAAGGGAAUUUUGAGCAACGUGGCUGUAAUUGAGGAUACCACGGACUUCUUUAAAUCUGGAGCUUCUUCUAUGGAUGUUGUUAGGUAAGCCAACCUCCUCCUGUAAGGUCUCAAUUCAGACAUGCUGGAAGAAGAGCCUAAUCUUCUAAAGCUAGCCUGUCACUUCCCUCAGGUGUCAGUAGUGUUGAAGGUAAGAUGCAGCUGCCAGUCUGGUCAGCUUCUGUGCAUGGAAUUGUGGAAGAAAGGGCACUGUUCCAUUUUUCACCUCAGGCAAUAAAAUGUCCUGGCAUGGCUCUGGUCAUAUUGCAAGCAGACAGACAUUUUGGCUUGAUAUUUGCUGCAUUGUAGAACCACCAUAACACCAGUCCCAGCUUGAAGGCCAGGAAGGGAUCGAGUGAUCUUGGGAGCUAAUAGGGUCCCAUCUAGCCUUAUAUUACUACUACCUCUAGCCUAACUCCUCACUUUGAGCAAUUUGUCACUCAGUGUAAGCUAAGUUGCUUGAACAUAGCCUGAAUCCACUCUUGCACCUCUGCUGAGGUACACCUCCAGGCUGCCAGCUCUGAUGUCUCCCAUUUAAAACAGUGUGGCUCCAAAAUGCCAUUUGAAAGAUGAAGACUCAAAUGACUCAUGAUGCAGUCAGUGCAAAAGAGGCAGGGAGAGAGAAAUGAAAGCAGCCACAUGCGAUCGUCCCAUUCAGUUUUCUAUUGAUUUCACUGUUUUGGUCAACUUUCACUUGUUUGAUUUCUUUGUCUCCCAAGGAUGAUUGAAGAGAUUAAGCAAAAAUGUGGUGAACUUGAGCUACAGAAUGAAGAUGUCUAUAUGGCGCCCAAGUUUGGAGAGUUCAUCCAAAUGGUUGUCAGAAAGCACAGGGGAGAAGGCAAGGAGGAAGAAUUAGUAAUUGAUUAUGUUAGUAGCUUAUUUUUUCCCCCCAUUUUCUUUCAUUACACUAGUAAAUUGACAAGGUGUGUAGUAAGGGAGAAAUUUUACAUUGCAAGGACCCUCUGUAGAACAUAGUGCAUCCCUGGGCAUACAUUGGCCCAGUUUGCAUGUAACACUAAGCCAAGCAAACGUAGAAAUAUGUAGGCUCUCAGAGAGGAAAUUGCGCCCACUCUGCUCUUUGUUGAGUCCGGCUGCUGCUGCUGCUGUGAGCUGAGCCAUAGUUUGACAUAGUGUGCUGUGCUUUUGGACUAUAAUUCCCAUCAGUCCCAAUUGGAAGACACCAGGAUAGUAAUAUUUAUUCUAGUACAGUCAUACCUUGGAAGUCGAAUGGAGUCCAUUCGACUUCCAAAACAAUCAGAAACCAAGGCAUGGCUUCCAAUUGGCUGCAGGAAGCUCCUGCAGCCAAUUGGAAGCUGCAGAAGCCACAUUGGAUGUUCGGAUUUCAAAGAACGUUCACAAACUGGAACAAUCGCUUCCAGGUCUGCGGCAUUCGGGAGCCAAAACAUUUAACUCGCAAGGCGUUCAGGAUCCAAGGUACAACUGUAGCUGUUAGAAUCAAAUCACCUGACAUAUAGAUAACUUGUCUGAAAGUAAACUGAAGAUUAAAUCCCACACACUCAUCAAUGGGAUCUCAUUUGGAUCCUAAUAUGGGCUACAAACGAAUUGGAACCGUUCAAAAUAUAUGUUUGUUCUGCUUAAUGUUUUCUGCAGGAAGUUCAUUGGUCAUAGUUCACACAUGCUAGUUCAGAGGACAAAUUGAAGCUUGUGAUUUUUGUUUUGCCGUUAGGUUUCAAAAGAUGUCAACCGUAUGACUGUGAAGAUGCCAUAUCAGUGUUUUAUUAAUGGGCAGUUUGUGAAUGCUGAAGACGGGGGAACAUACGACUCUAUAAAUCCAACCGAUGGAUCUGUGAGUUAACCCUUAGUGUCCACAUUGUCUUUCUCUGAGUUCUUCGUAUCUGGGUUGUGCAGAACUCUUUAAAAAUGUAGUAAAUACUAUACAAGGAAUCCCUUCCAUUGUGCCAGAGCAACCUGUUUGAGAAUCUGAAUUGAAAAGCCAAUAACACACUGCCACUGGUCACAAUGUCUACAAGUUGUAUGGCCAGCUGGGAUAAAAAAGUUCUAAAUUAAGAGGUGCCAAAAGUUGUUCAUCUCUCAGCCGCACUGAUGGAGUGAUUCUCCAUCCCUUUUCUUCCCUGUUGUAGUGUAGUAUGUUAGAGUGCAAGGCAAACUCCCAUCUCCUUGCCAGUGGGGCUUUACAGAACGAUGUAAUCAUAGAAUUGUAGAGUUGGAAGGCCCCUCAAGUAUCAUCUAGUCCAACCCCCUGCAAUGCAGGAAUCUCAACUAAUGCAUCCAAGACAGAUGGCCAUCCAAUCUCUGCUUACAAACCCCCAAGGAAGGAGAUUCCCCCACCUUCUGAGGGAGUCCGUUUCACUGUUGAACAGUUCUUACCGUCAGAAAGUUCUUCCUGAUGUUUAGUUGGAAUCUCCUUUCUUACAUCUUAAAGCCAUUGGUCUGAGUCCCGCUCUCAAGAGCAGAAGGAUCACAGGGCCUGAUCCCUGCAGCGCUGGAUUUAGGGUGGUGCGGGCAGUUCCCCUGCACAGGGCGCUGAGCCGAGGGGGCACAAGGUAGAGAAGAUCCAUUUGUUGGGCCAAAUUUUGUCCUCGUACAUGGUGCCAUAUUAUAGAUGAUUACCUGUGACAGUUCUAGGCUGGCACAGUGAUUGGGUCCAACACCAGCUUGAGAUGACUGUUGAGACUGACUUGGGGUCCAGCGGAUCCUGGGGUGACUCAGCCUUGCCUGCGCCCCACCCUUGGAACAUCCCUUUUACAGGGUUUUCCACUAGGCUCCCCCAGCAGCAAUGCUGCCAGGUGGAAGGAGGAGCUUUAUACCAACAGAAUGUUGUUGUUGUUGUUGUUGCCUGGGAUUGCUCUGCCUGCUGGCAUCUAUGCUUUGGAGGAAGGAAGCUCAGCAGCAAGGUUAAUUCUGACCAAGCCUCUCUCUAUAUUUAUGGCAGGUGAUUGCCAAAGUGUCGCUGGCUACAGCGGCCGAUGUUGACAAAGCAGUUGCGGCAGCGAAGAAUGCCUUUGAGCAUGGUGAAUGGGGAAAGAUGAAUGCAAGAGACAGAGGGAGAAUAUUGUACAGGUAUGGCAUGUCUAAGAAACCAGUUGCAGCUCUGUAUGUUCCACGUCUCAUAGGUCUCCUUUAUUACCUGUGUAAAAUCAUGCUAUGCCCUAUUUGAAUAUAUAUAUAUCUCCCCCCAAUGAAUAAUCCUAUGUUAGAAGGUCAGAUUCUGUGGAUGUUCUGCAAAGAAUUCUGUACAUAUAUGAUUCUGGAAUUGGUAAAGGAGCAGAGUUCUGAUUAUGAGCACCUGCACACCUGCCCUAAAGGUAAAGGGACCCCUGACCAUUAGGUCCAGUCAUGGCCGACUCUGGGGUUGCAGCGCUCAUCUUGCUUUAUUGGCCGAGGGAGCCAGCUUCUGGGUCAUGUGGCCAGCAUGACUAAGCCGCUUCUGGCAAACCAGAGAAGUGCAAGGAAACACUGUUUACCUUCCCUCCAGAGUAGUACCUAUUUAUCUACUUGCACUUUGAUGUGCUUUCGAACUGCUAGGUUGGCAGGAGCAGGGACCGAGCAACGGGAGCUCACCCCAUCGCGGGGAUUUGAACCACCAACUUUCUGAUCGGCAAGUCCUAGGCUCUGUGGUUUAACCCACAGUGCCACCCGUGUCCUGACAGCACCUGCCCUAGGAGCACAUAAUUAUUCAUUGAAUUGUUAUUGCAUUGAAAUCGGUGUCGGGGACUGGCGGGACAUUGAUGAGUGUCCACUGGGGGAAGAGGGGCUGCAGUCUGACUUGGGAGAGGGGGGCAGUGAUUUGUGGGGAACUGUACCAGCCAGGUGGCAAGAGUCAGAGGCAGGGGAAUCUUCAGAGCUGGAGGGUGGAGCAGAGGAUGGGUCAGAAGAAGAGGAGGAAGAGGCAGGUCAGGCAAGCGAAGUGCCAAGUGCUUCCCCACCCUCUCCUGCACCACUGUUUCCCAGAACCAGGAGGGGAUUGAAGAGGGAAGAGCGAAAGCAGCUUCCACACAGAUGUAGUCUCUGGAUACGUGUGUGCAUCCCUUUGGGAGGAAGUACAUAAACUGGUGGAGUGGCUCCCUGUUGCUGCAGCUGCUCCAUAGAGAACAGACCUGAGAAUAGCUGCCUAGAUGCUAGACUGGGGUGUGUUGGUAUUCAGAGCCAUAGAAAUGAUUGUGUCAGCUUUGACAAUAGAUGACUAUCUGCCGUGUGCAUUCCUUCGGCAAUUGGCAAUCCCUUGACAAUUGGCUUCCUGUGCUGCAUUUUUCCUGCAGAUCCCUCUUUUCUUUUAUUUGCAUGCAGUUUGCCACCAUUUGCACACACACCCCCACCCACACCCCCGCAAGUUACCAAUGCAAAUAAGCACACAUGCUCCUAUGUGCAUUGAUCAAAUCACCCUCAAAAGGGAAUCUUGAAAUGAUUGUUACAUUUACAUCAAGAUUCCAUUUUUGUGGAUGUUUUAAUCAGUGUGUAUUUGCAGAACAGCACAUUGUAAGGAAAAUAUAUGUGAACUAAAUACUGCGCCAAGUUUGUUUAUGUGCACUAAUUUGAAUGGCACCCAGAAAACAAAAAGGGAAGAAAUGUAGAUUUCUGACACAUCUGUCUGCUUCAUAGAAAGACCUGGUAAUUCAGAACUUCACGACCCAGAGAAGAAUCUGGAUUGGGGAGGGGGCGGAUUUCUGUCUUUCCUCCAAGGUGCUGAAGCUGACAUACAUAUAUUUUCCCCAUUUUAUCCUCACAACAACCCUGCAAUGUAGGUUAAGCUGAGAAAUACAGUCAUACCUUGGGUUAAAUGUGCUUCAGGUUGAGCGUUUUCAGGUUACACUCCACAGCCACCUGGAAGUAACGGAGCGUGUUACUUCCGGGUUUCGCCACUUGCGCAUGCGCAGACGCUCAAAAUAACAUCACACGCAUGCAAGGAAGAGGCGAAUCGCAACCCAUGCACAUGCAGACGCACAGACGUGGGUUGCAUUCGCUUCAGGAUGCAAAUGGAGCUCCGGAACGAAUCCCGUUCGCAUCCAGAGGUACCACUCAAAGUCAGCCAGCGAGCUUCACGGUCCUAAUCUGACACAGUUUUACCUGGCUCUUUCCUGCCCCUCUGAUUUCCUCUAUGUGUGCAUGGAGAUGCAGAAUGCUUUCCCAUCCCAUCUUCAGUGCUUUUGCAGCAUAAAAGUCACAAUUCUCAAAUCACACACUUUGGUCAUUUCACUAAAACCAUUGGUUCUACUCAAAAUAUUAACGAAUCUGCAUCAUAAAUUCUGCUAUUUGGAUAUAGGGCAUUACAGACACACCAUUUUUUGUUUUACAUUGUAUGUCAUUAUUUCAUUUUAAAGACUUGCAGAUUUGAUGGAAGAACACCAAGAGGAACUGGCAACCAUUGAAGCUAUUGAUUCAGGAGCUGUUUACACACUGGCUUUGAAGACCCACAUCGGAAUGUCAGUGCAAACAUUCCGAUACUUUGCUGGAUGGUGUGACAAAAUACAGGCAAGCUAACAUUUGAGUUGGCCUUGAUCCUUGGGAAAACAACAAGGGGAUUCAUGCUCUUGCACACAUUGGUCCUUUUCAGAGAAUUAGCAUGGGUUUCCAUUGAUAUAUUUUUCCUAUUCAUUUGAUGUAUGAGAAAAAAAAUAUCCUUCCAAGAUCCUGCUUGUUGCAGGAGUAUCAUGUUGUCACACGUGAUUCCUAUAGAAUCAGGGUGGUGGUACAGGCGCUUAUUAAGCCUGCUAGACUGCGAGGCCAUUUUAAGCAAGCUGUACACUGCUUUCUGUUACCUGAUGUCAUAUGUCCAGCACAGAGAUCUGUUAUCGCCAUUCUCAGCCCUAAGACUGGAGAUAAACGUAUCUCCAGUGUUAGCACUGUGGUUGUUAGUACAGUACUAAGAUCAGACAUACAGUAAGUCUCUGCCUGCUCUCUGGCAGUAAAUUGUCCACCAUCCUUGCUAUAGAAGGUGGCGGCAAUCCAUGGCCAGGAAUGAGCUGGGGGGGGGGGGGAAGAGGCUCCUUGCAACACAGAUUAUCAGCUAAGCUUACGUAAGGCUAUGGAGUCCCACCUAAACAGCAUUAAUGUGACUGUUCAUGCUGGAAUUCCCUCUUUAGGCCAGAGGGACAUCACCUGAUAUUCCUCCAGACUGUCAGUAUUUUGCAGGAAGGACUGAAGUGUGUAGAUUUAGGCUGGAGGAUGGAUGGCAGCUAACAGAUUGAGGUUGAAUCAUGACAAGACAGAAGUACUGUUUUUGGAGGACAGGAGGCGGGCAGGUGUGGAGGACUCCCUGGUCCUGAAUGGUGCCCCUGAAGGACCAGGUGCGCAGCCUGGGAGUCAUUUUGGACUCACAGCUGUCCAUGGAGGCGCAGGUCAAUUCUGUGUCCAGGGCAGCUGUCUACCAGCUCCAUCUGGUACACAGCCUGAGACCCUAUCUACCUGCGGACUGUCUCGCCAGAGUGGUGCAUGCUCUAGUUAUCUCUCGCUUGGACUACUGCAAUGCGCUCUACGUGGGGCUACCUUUGGAGGUGACCCGGAAACUACAACUAAUCCAGAACGCGGCAGCUAGACUAGUGACUGGGAGCGGCCACUGAGACCACAUAACACCGGUCAUGAAAGACCUAAAUUGGCUCCCAGUACAUUUCCAAGCACAAUUCAAGGUGUUGGUGCUGACCUUUAAAGCCCUAAAUGGCCUCAGUCCAGUAUACCUGAAGGAGCGUCUCCACCCCCAUCGUUCUGCCCGGACAUUAAGGUCCAGUGCCAAGGGCCUUCUGGAGGUUCCCUCACUGCGAGAAGCCAAGUUACAGAGCAAUAAACCCACUUUAAAAUAAUUGGACUUUUAGCAGCUAGGAAAGUGACAGGGAAAAGCACUAAAUGGUGUGGGAGAAAUGAAUGAUUAAGAGGAAACAAACCAGAGGAAAAGCUCAAUAAAGACUGCAUAUAAUGUAACCUCCAAGUAAGCUUGUGCAAGCAAAUCAAUAAACAGGCCAUCUGGAGGAGCCUGCUAACAGCAAACAUGUUGUUCAAACAAAUGUGAUGAUAUGAUGGAUGCAUCUUGUACCACCUUAAUUUAAAAAUAAUAACGAUUCCUUUCUCAUUUAGGGGUCUACCAUUCCAAUUAACCAUGCACGGCCAAACCAUAACUUAACUUUCACCAAGAAGGAACCCUUAGGGUAAGACAAAUUCUUCUUCUUCUUUUGCUAAUGGAAUUAGAUAAGAUUCAGUGUUUUACUAAUAGCAAAUUUCUUUGAAAAACCAGUUUUAUUUCUGUAUUUUUUCCCUGCUUCCAAUUUAAAGUGUCUGUGGAAUUGUCAUUCCCUGGAACUACCCUCUGAUGAUGCUCGCGUGGAAGAGUGCGGUGUGUUUGGCUGCUGGCAACACUUUAGUUCUGAAACCAGCACAGGUAAACAUCAAGCAGGCUAAUAAUGUCUUGAUAUAUGGCAUUCCUCCAGUCUACAGUAGGGAUAGGGAACCUCAUGUCCAGGGGCGAAAUGCAGGCUUCCGGGUCUCUCUGUUGAGAUUCUGGGAUAUUCUGCAGGCCGCACCUGCUUCCCAGCCACACCUCUCUCCCCAAACCACACUCUGUAUUAGCCCUCUUUUCCACCUACCUUGCACUUUUGCCUAGCGGGAGUUUACGCCAACAAGGCUUGGAGGGAGUCAAGAAAGGGAUGUGCAAGUUGGGGAUGUGUAUCCAGAAACAAGCCUGCUGUACUAAAGCAAAUUCAUGUUCAUUGCCCCGCCCACUUUUGCCUCUGACCCCAGCCACCACCGACAUGCGGCUUCAGGCUAAAUAAGGUUCCCCCCCACUUGCCCCAGACAGUUUUUACCGAUGUCAUUGUGGUGAUCACACAGGGUCCCCGGACAUUUCACCGUCUAUUGAUCCCUGUGCCACCACUUUAUUUCUCGCUGCCACCACCCAGGCCCUACCUGAGUCUAGUCAGGGUUAAAUUGGAACAUAAACUUUGGUUUAUUUAUUGCAGUUUAACAAGCAUGUGGUUUCAUAAACGGUAUUGGUCAAUUACAAUCAUGGGGUGCCUAUCCAGACCUAUAACUUCCGCCACCUGCUCUCACUCACUAAACCACCUCUCAAAUAUUUACUUGUCUUCCUAGCCCCUAACUGUUCCUGACUCAGCUUAUUUCUCUGCACUAACUCAACCUACCCACAAACUCUAUCCCAAUUCACUCCCAUUCCACCCAACCACCCAACUCCCAACAAACUCCUUCCUUUGCCCCUCCCAGAGCUGGUUUUAUAGUCCUUCUGACUCCACCCCCUGGGUCCUGAUUGGGUAACCUGUUUAACUAUUUCACCUCCAGCACUCUCAGAUGUUAAUGUCACAGUCAUCCACUGAUUGACCUUGAUAGAAAUUGCACAGAUAAAGGAAGAAUAUGCCAUUGUUGAAGAGGGUUAACAAUGGAAAUCACAUUUCACACUCUGAGGGGGGAAAUCCUACCAGGGACAUCUCAAAACACUUUGAGCCUGAGUCAAGGCAGCGCGCUCUCCUUUUCCCUGCACAAAAGCUGACCAGACAGGAAACUGAAUCUUACUUCAAGACUGCUGGUGAUGAUGGGGCAGUCACACACAAUUCUGUCCUCCAACAUCAAAAAUACAAAGGAAGGUGUUAUAACUCAACCAAAUAAAAUCAAGAACAAUAAAGAGAGAAAGGGGCGGGGGAAUAAUACAAUUCUUUUUUUAAAAAAAACCCUAAACCAUGCUACAGGAUUUUGUAAACAUUGCAAUUUUCCUUAUACCAUACGACACAUAGAUCAUCUGUGUUGGUUUUAUGUUAUCACAAUAUUAUAAUUGGCUUAAACUGUCUUCUGUUAGAACCUUCUUUGCCUGUAUGUCUGCAUGCCUGUAUGUCUGCAUACCAAGGCAGGCAGUCUGGUAAAAUCAUGGUGUGUGCUUUUACGUAGGUAACUCCACUGACUGCCUUAAAGUUCGCAGAGCUCUCUGUGAAAGCAGGAUUUCCCAAAGGCGUUAUCAAUAUUGUACCUGGUUCAGGUAAAGCAGUGAUGCAAUGGUUUCUCUUUUCUGUUCAAAGAGGAUGGAGGGAAUGGGGUGCAGCACAACCUAAUCACUGAAAUAAACAAAGUCCGCAAUGACACUAAAGCUCAACAUUUAAUUAUACUUAUGUCACAGGUUCAACAGGGCAACGCUUGUCCGAUCACCCAGACAUUCGUAAACUUGGGUUCACUGGCUCAACACCAACUGGGAAACAAAUCAUGAAGAGGUAAGGUAUUCACUGCCCACCCCCACCCCACCCCCAUUUUUGCAUGCUGUACAUUUUUAGAGCAUGGCCUUCACAUGGAGAUGUUUUUGUACAGCCAUGAGCUGCGUGGCUUUUGCUAUGUGUCUCCCUACACUGACAAUGUAAAGUACAGGGGUAUCUUGGUUCUCAAACAUAAUCCAUUCUGGAAGACCGUUCGAGUUCCAAAACAUUAGAAAACCGAGACGCAAAGGGCUGUCUGCAAAUUCAAAUGAGAAAAUUGAAAAACAUGCAGUUGAAGCCGUUCAACUUCCAAGGCAUGUUUGAAAAUGGAAGCAUUUACUUCCGGGCUUUCGGUGUUUGGGUUCUGAAAUGUUCAUCAACAGAGAUGUUCGAGAACCAAGGUACCACUGUAGGGGUGGAAGAACCUGUAGUUCUCAAGAUCCCGCUAGACUACAACCUCCAUCACCUCUGACCAUUGACCACAUUGGCAAUAGGCUGAUAGGAAUUGGAGUCCAACAACACCUGGCAUGCCACAGUUUCCCUGCCUCUGGUGUAAAGAGGAAUCUGUAUGUAGAAAUUGAUUUGGAUGCUACUUUUCCUUUCAUGACUAGAAAAGAGGUCCUUCACCUUCCUUUCCCCCCACAAAAAUCUGCUGCUGCAAGUCAGGUGACCUUUGGAAAUAGCAUGGGCUAUGGUGCUGGGCAAGGGCUGCAGGCAGAUCAGGGAGUUGGUGGAUAUGGUUCUCUCCAUUAUGUGAAUGGAGGAGGAACUUCGGACCUGAGCCAUAGUAAAUGUUCAAUCUGUAAAUAGAACUUGGUUUAUUUUGGUACCAGUCAUGGCUUCCCGCCAAGAAUUCUGGGAGCUGUGGUCUGUUAAGGGUGGUGAUGUUGUUAGCAGGGGUGGAUUUAGGGCUGUGCAAGUGAUGCACAUGCACUGGGCACUGUCUCAAAGCACUGUUUUUGGGAAGGAGGCAUGAGGCCCUGACACUGUCCUAGAGUCCUCCCUCCUCAAAGCCAGAUUUGGGGAGGAGGUGAGAGGGCUCUAGGGCCCUGCCAGAACACUUGUAAAGGUAAAGGUAAAGGACCCCUGGACAGUUAAGUCCAGUCAAAGGCGACCAUGGGGUUGCGGCGCUCAUCUCGCUUUCAGGCCGAGAGAGCUGGCGUUUGUCCACAAACAGCUUUCUGGGUCAUGUGGCCAGCAUGACUAAACCGCUUCUGGUGCAACGGAACACUGACGGAAACCAGAGCACACGGAAACACCGUUUACCUCCCCGCUGCAGCAGUACCUAUUUAUCUACUUGCACUGGCGUGCUUUCGAACUGCUAGGCUGGCAGGAGCUGGGACAGAACAAUGGGAGCUCACUCAGUCGCAGGGAUUCAACUGCCAACCUUCCAACUGGAAACCCAAGAGGCUCAGUGGUUUAGACCAUAGCGACCUGCGUCCCUUGUACCUCCUUCCCAAAGCCAGGCAUCUCCUUACUUGCCUUUGGAAAGGGGGGGGGGCGCAUGCCAAAUUCUGGCCUCAAACAGGGAUCUAUAGUACCCAAGUCCACCACUGUUGUUAAUAUAAUAAUAAUAAUAAUAAUAAACUUUUAUGUAUAUUCUGCCCUCCCCGGCCAAAGUCGGGCUCAGGGCAGCUAACAUCAGAUAUAUAACAUUAGUAUAAAAUCAAACAAUAAUUAAAUUACCUCCUAAAAACAGGUCAAAAUCAAAUGAAAGUCUAAUUAGAUGGCUUUCCGCAGGGUUAGGGUUGGGUUAAGAGGCCCCUAUUCCCUUCACAGAAUAUGCUUACUUAUGUAAGUUUAUAUAAGUUCCCUUCACUGGCUAUCAGGAGGAAUGAGACUGAAUUCUGAAUGUUUUCAUUAUCAUUUUUACAGCUGUGCUGUCAGCAAUCUGAAAAAGGUUUCUUUGGAACUGGGAGGAAAAUCCCCACUGAUCAUAUUCAACGACUGUGAACUUGACAAAGCUGUGAGAAUGGUAAGCCGGCUUCGAAAAGGCUCUGGUGAACUUGCUCCAUAGUGUAUUGUACAUUGUGCUCUAGAGAACUGUGGUUGUGACACUGCUCUGAAAUUAUAAUUAUUUAUUAAAUUUGCUUACCGCCCUAUACCCGUAGCUCUUGGGGUGGUUCACAACAUAAAAUCACAAUAUAAAGAACACAAAAUCCAUCAUAAAAUAAAAACAUAGACAACCCAACCCCUUCCCCUUUACCUGGUAAGAUAAAGAACAUUUUAAAUUAAUUGUUAGAAGAAAAUAAAAAUGCUCAUAUUCACUGUAUGUUCUAUAUGUUCACAGGCUUCCAUAUAGAAAAUGAAAAUGGAAGGAAAAAAUAGCUUAAGAUAACAAAAAAAGCAUGUUCAAGGUGUGUUCUUUUUCUUCCAACGCAGGGCAUGGGAGCCGUUUUCUUCAACAAAGGAGAGAACUGCAUUGCAGCUGGCAGACUUUUUGUGGAAGAAUCAGUCCACGACGAAUUUGUUAGGAGAGUGGUAAGAAAUUUAAAACGUGAGAUUAAACAUGAUUUUUGCCUUAGGAGCCUUUCCACUACACACCAGACGUAGCCAACAUGGGGCCUUCCAGAGGUUGUUGGACUCCCAGGCUACCUGGCCCAAUGAUCAGGGAUGAUGGGAGUUGUAGUCCACAACAUCUGAAGGGCACCUGGUCAGGGAAGGCUGAAACAGGGCUAAGCCCAGUGUGGCUAUCCUAUGGCCUUCUAAAUGUUGUUGGACUUCAACUCCCAGGCAGCACAGCCAACAGUCAGGGAUGCUGGGAACUGUAGUCCAGCAACAUCUGGAGGACCACUGGUUAAAAACCCAAUAGUUUCACAGUGUUUUUGCUUUGUUUGAAACCCCAGGAAGUUUUGCCACGCGACUUGUCUGUCUGCCUGGUGCCAGUGCAAGGGGAAAACUGGUAUGUCAAUUUCUAUGGGCAUGAGUGUAUUAGUAUAAAUUGCUGGCCCCAGCAUGGCACAAAUCAUAUGUUUGAGGGGCCCAUGCAGUAUUUAAGUUUGCCGAGGCAGGGGGCAGAACACACAGCUCUCCCAUCUAAAGGGCUACUUAUUGAUUGGCACGAGAGCCAAGAAUAUGAGCUUCUGUUCCAUUUUGUGAGAGUCCUCCAGCUAGCAGGACAAAGGACAAUUUCCCUUUCUUCUCCAGAUAACUUUAACACCUCAUUACAAAUUACUUCUUCGGAUGGGAUGCCAACAUUAUUGCCCAAAAGGGUUUUAGUAGUUGCCAGAUACUUUUUCCUCUCCUUUGGUGGAAUCCGUAGGUGGAAGAAGCCAAAAAGAUGAAAAUUGGUGACCCACUUGACAGAUCUACAGACCAUGGUCCACAAAACCAUAAAGGACAUUUGGAUAAGCUUCUGAAAUAUUGUGAAACUGGCGUGAAAGAAGGGGCUACUCUGGUAUAUGGAGGAAGACAAGUAGGUAGACCAGGUAAACUAUGAUCUAAGUAGAAUCCAUAAAACAGAUUAGUUGAUGAACAAAAGCAGUGGGGGGUGGGUUGGUGUGUGUGUGCUAUAUAUAUAUUCUCCUACGGGCCACAGAUUCCUCACCACAGUUCUUACCUAAUGAGGCGACAUGGGCUACAAAUUUGUAAGUCUGGUCUGCUCAUGCCUAUUGUUGGAUUCUUGGCUUUCAUUUGGGGAAUUUGUCUCAGGUAGAGCCUUGUGGAUCAGACCAAAGGCCCAUCUUGUCCACCAUCUUGUUUUCACCAUGGCCAACCAUAUACCACUGGGAAGCCAUGAGUACAACAGCACUCUCCCCUCAUAUGAAUUUUAGUGGAUUAAACUGGGUACACCCUUUUUAAAUUCCUCAGGAGAUUUCUAAGUCAGUUUAUCUGAUUAACCAAUCAAAUGCUGCAGCCCUGGAUAAGAUAUUAAAGAAUUAACACUUUUAAUGCCACCAUAUGGAGUGCGCUACAGAAGACGCAUACAGCAUAGCCUCAAUGGUAUAUCAAGACAGAAAGUGCCUGUAAAAUGAAAUAAAAGCAUUUAAAAAAGCAAUUCUCAAGGCAGAAAAUGCCUGGAAUCAUUUCAGUUUUGCACAUGCCACACCAUCUUCUCUUUGAUCAGGCUUCUUCAUGGAACCUACAAUAUUCACGGAUGUUGAAGACCAUAUGUUCAUUGCACAAGAAGAGUCUUUUGGUCCUAUAAUGGUCAUUUCCAAGUUCCAAGAUGGGUAGGUCCUGCUAUAGAUUAAUGGUGUUAUUCUUUAUUCUCCAUGCAACAGUUAAUCAUGUGGGUCCAGUGCCCAAACAGGGCUUACAAAGGCAGGCAUCUGUGAUUGGAAAGUGUUGUUGUUUUUACCUUCAUUCCUACUUGUAUGGGAUGCCUCCAUAUCGAUAACUUAUUUUAACAGAGGAUGCUUUCUAGUCAAGCUUUUUAAACACAUAAUAAAGAAGCAGAACGAAAUAGCGUGUGGGAAAAUCUGUUGAUGAAAGGCAGCUUAAACUGACUUGGAUUAAUGUCUCUGCUACAUUCCAUGUUAUGGGACGCGAGUGGCGCUGUGGGUUAAACCACAAAGCCUUGGACUUACCGAUCAGAAGGUCGGCGAUUUGAAUCCCCGCGAUGGGGUGAGCUCCCGUUGCUCGGUCCCUGCUCCUGCCAACCUAGCAGUUCAAAAGCAUGUCAAAGUGCAAGUAGAUAAAUCGGUACCGCUCCAGCGGGAAGGUAAACAGCGUUUCCAUGCGCUGCUCUGGUUCAGCUUAGUCAUGCUGGCCACAUGACCCGGAAGCUGUAUGCCGGCUCCCUUGGCCAAUAAAGCGAGAUGAGCGCCGCAACCCCAGAGUCGGUCACGACUGGACCUAAUGGUCAAGGGUCCCUUUACCUUUUUACGUUCCAUGUUGCUGCACUGAAGGCAGAUUAUUCUCUCAUAUUGCAGGGAUGUCGAUGGGGUGUUGGAACGAGCCAACCGGACCGAAUAUGGCUUGGCUUCAGGGGUCUUCACCAAAGACAUAAGCAAAGCUCUCUACGUCAGCGAUAGGCUGGAAGCUGGAACAGUUUUCAUCAACACCUAUAACAAAACUGAUGUGGCCGCCCCAUUUGGAGGAUUCAAGCAGUCUGGCUUUGGAAAAGAUUUAGGUAAGUUGCAUUUUACUUAAGAUCCACACAGAAAUCUAAAGCUCAGUGCAGUGGUGGGCAAGCUGUGCACCUGCGGACAGCGCUAGACUACAACUCCCAUAAUCCCUGCUGGCUAGGGCUGAUGGGACUUGGAAGUCCAACAUCAGCAGGUCACCAUGUCCUUACCUUGGGUCAGAGGUUUGAAACCUGUUUACCUUUUAAAGUUUCUUAGUUAUUUAAUACUAUGAUCUCAUUAUGUUAUGGCUAGCUGCUUUUCAGCAACAGAUCACACCCACAUCAUGCAUUUAAAGCACCUUUAAAUAAUACUGUGGUACCUCUGGUUACAUACACUUCAGGUUACAGACUCCGCUAACCCAGAAAUAGUACCUUGGGUUAAGAACUUUGCUGCAGGAUGAGAACAGAAAUUGUGCUCCGGUGGCACGGCGACAGCGGGAGGCCCCAUUAGCUAAAGUGGUGCUUCAGGAUAAGAACAGUUUCAGGUUAAGAACAGAUCUCCGGAACGAAUUAAGUACGUAACCUGAGGUACCACUGUAAUACUGUAGUGGUGCCCAACUUUUAGUGGGAAUGGGUAGGACCUGGUCCUUAUCAAUGUUGCUAGAUGCUCAUUUUAUGCAUUUUACAUUAUUUUAACUUUCUCUGGUUUUAUAUUGUUUUAAACCAUAAAACUACUUUUUUAGGGUCAAGUAGCUUUGAGGCUUUUUACUGUUUCAAUUACCUAUUUUAUCCAUCUGUCACUUUAAAGUACAUGGUUUCCCCCAAAGAAUCCUGGGAAUUGUAGUUUGUUAUGCAUCCUGGCAAUUAUAGCUCCAUGAGGGAUAAACUGCAGUUCCUAGGAUUUUUUGGAGGAAGCCAUGCACUUUGAACAUACUGUGUGGAUGUGACCAGAAAGGCACAUCUAUGUAUCUUAAAAAAAGGUUCGGCAUAGGUUUUAUUGCCGAUUUAUUUCUGGCAAACCCAGCACUUGAGACAGAAGGCACACAUUUACCUCACAUUUAAAUUACUAAUAGUGUUUGGAAUCGUAGCUCUGUGAAGGGUAAACUAUAGUUCACUGGAUUCUUCGUGGAAAGCCGUGAGUUUUAAAUGUGUGUUAAAUGUGCUGGAAAUUUAUGGAGUGGAUGGUGCAGAAAAUAUGUGCAGUCUACAAUUGUUUCCAUGCUCAUGUUCUCUUCAGGUGAGGAAGCGCUUCAUGAGUAUCUCAGAACGAAAGCUGUAACAGUGGAAUAUUAAGCAUCGCGACUGGGGUGGCAGAAUGCUCUUAAAACCAAGCACAAGACAGGACUCCAAAAUUACAACAGCAAAACCGCGAACUUCCACUGGCACUCAAAAACGCAGAUCCAGAACCAAACCCUUUUAUGAUGUGGAGAGUUCCGCAUGCAUUCAGUAGGGAAUCACUUCUGAGUCUCAGACUUUACUGUGAAAUUAUCGGCUUCUGCAGCUUUUUUGUACCAUGGUCUCUGCUACCCUGAAUGUCAUCACCUAUAAAAGCAACUGAACCAUCCAGUGGUGACAUAUCGAAACCUCAGAUCCCUGGACUUUACAAUGGAGAUCUUGCCCAAGUAGGAAACUACCUUAUACUGAGCCACAGCAUUAGUUCAUCUAGCUCAGUAUUGUCUGUCUGGACUGGCAGCAGCUCUGAGAGUUUUGGACAGGUGUUCCCAGUUUGACCUGGAGAUGCUGAGGGUCAAACCUGGGACGUUAUGCAUACAAAUCAAACGUUCUACCACUGAGCUAUGGCCUUCUUCAGCGCUGUAUGUCCCUUGUUUCUCCAAAUUAGUCACAUAGUACUUAAGUUUCUACAGAAUGCAUCACACCAGCAUUAUGCCUCUUUUCUUCCUGCAAUGCAAGUUUUUAAGCAGCACAGAGAACCAAUUUGCCAUAAACAUUGUACAUAAAUCCAAGUGCACUUACUGUGUUUUUCGUAUGAUAUGCAGAACUUAACGUCUGUGUUCUACUAUGCAUAUGAAAGCUAUAGCAACUAUUUUAUAAUGUGUUUACAUUUCCUCCAACGAGAAAUCUACAUAGUUGUGAAUUCCAAUUAUGCUAUUAAAUCAUAUUUGUGCUGAAUGUGUUAUACAGAGUGUUACAAUCCUGAAAUACAUCUGUAAAAGCAUAUAAACAAACACUUAUCUUUGGCUACCACUUUUCAUAUCCAAAGGAGCAGGGUGUAAUGGUUGCACCCUGAAGCCUUUUAGAGCAGGGGUUUGGAACAUGAUCUUCCAGCUGCACAGUUGAGUUUUAUUUUGGUGAACAUUUACUGUCUGCAGAAUAUUCAGCCUAAAUGACUUCACUUGCAAGAUAUACAUAAUUUGUAUCCAUAUCUGCUGCCAAAGAAGUGGCAGCUCAAAUACUAUGCAUGAAUAUUCAAAAGCAAAUCAUUCCAAGGUCACUCUCAAAUAAGUGCAAAGGACUGCAUCCUAGGAGAAAGAUCUGUGUCCAGGAAGCCAUCAGCUAACAGGGUUGCACAGCUGUUCUUCCAUUAAAAUUGUAAUGUAAUGUCUGAUUUUCAAGAUCAAAACAGUACAAACUUGUGAGCUGGUGUAUUGAUAACUAAACAAAUACAGAAUACCUUG